AUGGCCUCUCUCAUUACUUCCAAGCUCGCAAACUUCAACCCUUUCUCCAGAUCUGCUCCUGAGGAUGAGGAAGAGCUUGGCGAGAACACUGACAAUACCACCCUCGCCGGUGGUGGCCACGCCGCUCGCGACACCGAUCUCAAGCAUCGUCUCCGCGUGAGUCGCGCAAUCAAAUCCUUCCUUGUCGAGCAGAAGGUUUUAUCCGCGAGAGAUGCCAACGUCGAUUCCGAUCACCCUACGCCCGCCCUACAGGCUCUCGUUGAUAAGCCUCACAUCAGUGUCCCGAAAUACUUGACUGACAGGUCCCACCCGCUGCCCGAGUAUUUCAUCAGCUCCAGCCAUAACACCUACCUCCUUGCCCAUCAGCUUUAUGGGAGCUCUUCGGCUGAGGCAUACGAGGAGACCUUGCGCGCCGGCGCCCGCUGCGUCGAGAUUGACGCUUGGGACAACUCUGAUGACAAGAACGAACCCAAAGUCACCCACGGCUACACCCUCGUUUCCAACAUCCCCUUCCGCGCUGUCUGUGAAACCAUUCGUGAUGUUGUUGACCAGGAGGCAAAGGACCCUAGACAAGCUGCUCCCAUUCUCCUCUCUCUUGAGAACCACUGCGACCCUGAAGGCCAGUUGCGGCUCGUUCAAAUUAUGAAGGAAGUUUUUGGCGACAGGCUCUUGAGCAAAGAAGUACGAGAAAAAGGCCACGCAGAACAGGAGGGACAGUGCAGCCAUGUGCGUCUAGAAGAAUUAGGCGCCAAGAUCGUUGUCAUCGUCGAGUAUCACUUCCCCGGCGAGUCUGACGACAGCAGCAGCUCAAGCUCCGAUGACAGCAACGAUGAAGACAAGAAGAACCACGACGCUUACAAGGCCAAGAAGAAGGCUGCUCCUGCAACCCUCAUCAUUCCCGAACUCGAAGAGCUCGGUGUCUACGCCCAGUCCGUCAAACCCGUUAACAACUCGUGGUACGAGGAAAUCCUCAAAGACGGGCCCCACCACCACCUCAUAAACGUCUCCGAGUCCGGUCUGGCCUCCCACAUGCCCGAAGCCAGCGAUAAGAUCGCACGCCAUAACGCUCACCACCUGAUGCGCGUCUUUCCAAAGGGUACCCGAAUCUCUUCAAAGAACCUUCACCCUGUCCCCUUCUGGGGCGUCGGCGCUCAAAUCUGCGCUCUCAACUGGCAGACCUUUGGCGCCUCCAUGCAGCUCAACGAGGCUCUUUUUAGUGGCUCUGAGGGCUUCAUCCUCAAACCUGCCGCCCUUCGGCCUGGCGGCUCCGGCCAUCUAGACUCGGGCGGCAAGAAGAAGUUGCGACUACACGUCGCUGGCGCCACAGACAUUCCCAUACCUUCGGGUCGCGACGACGACGAGCCCAUCAAACCUUAUCUCACAUGCACCCUUGUUCAUCCACACGACCUGCAGAUGAACCCGCCCAAGCGAAAGACGGCGGGGUACAGGCAGCACAAACUCACAGGGUUCUUCCACAAGGGAGAGAACCCCCCGCCGACAGAGCCGCUGUGGGACGAGACGCUGGAGUGGGAGUACCAAGACAACGAAAUGGUUUUUCUUCGCAUGCUCAUCAAGAGCGACGACAGCUUUGCCAAGAACCCGAUGUUGGCUGUAGGCGCGGUGCGACUGAUGUACACUGUGCCAGGCUGGGUUUUUAUCCGGAUGCUAGAUCUGAAGGGCAGGGAGACAAGAUGUUCUAUUCUUGUAAGAUUUGAGGUUGUCGAUGCGGAAUGA